CCAGCGGCCGGUACCAGUGGACGUCGGUAAGCGGCGAUGACACCGGUUAAACAAAAUAAAUAAACCACAGUCCGGUGAGUGGCGACAACUUUUCAUUCAAGUGAGUCAUGGCCCAGUUCGGGGGACAAAAAAAUCCGCCGUGGGCGACUCAGUUUGCCGCCACAGCUGUGUCCCAACCGGGCCACACAAGCCAGUCUCUGGACAUCAACUUGCACUCUCUUAAUGUGCAGCAGCCAUCCCUCCUGGGAGCCUCUCCGGCUGUGUACACCCAACAGUCUGCCUUGGCGGCGGCCUCUCUCACGAGCCAGUCAAACUAUCAGCUGUCUCAGCACACCGCCGCCUUGCAGCAGCAAGCUGCAGCGGCUGCCGCAGCAGCACUGCAGCAGUCUCAGAUCAAUACGGCCCUGCAGCAGUAUCAGCAGCAGCAGCAGCAGCAGCAGCAGCAGCAGCAGCCACCCCAGCAGCCACUCUAUAGUGUUCCUCAUCAGCUUCCGCAACCUCAGCCAGCACUCAUAUCACAGCCUCCAGUGGCGUUACCCACAAGCCUGAGCCUGCCUAAUCCCCAGCAGACAGCCCAGAUCACGGUGUCCUACCCGACGACGCGUGCAAAUCAACAACAGCAGCCACAGAAGCAGCGGGUCUUCACCGGCGUGGUCAACAAGCUGCACGACACUUUCGGCUUUGUCGAUGAAGAUGUCUUCUUUCAGCUCAGUGCUGUGAAAGGGAAGACACCACAAGUGGGUGACCGGGUGCUAGUGGAGGCAGUGUACAACCACAACCUGCCCUUCAAGUGGAACGCCCAACGCAUCCAGACCUUACCUCAGCUGGCCAACCAGCAUCAGCAGCCACCUCAGCCUUUACCUCAACCUUCCCCGCAGCUGGGCAGCCUUUACAAUGAGCCAGGGAUACCGCUGCGCUACCCUGACAUGCACUCCGCAGCGGACAACAGACAAAAUAGCCAGCCUCCAGGCCCUAAUAUGAUGAAGACUGCUCCCCCCUUACUUCAGUCACUACCUCCUCCGACCACAUUCAGUGUUCCACCCCCAGCUCCUCCGCCAUCCUUACUGCAGGCACAGCUGUCUGCUGCCUCGCUUGGUCCUCUCCUCCAAAACCCUCCGCAGCCUUUGCUGCCUCAACCCCCUCCCAAAGACGUAUUUUCUGGUGGUCUGCUUCAACCCCCAAUGAGAAUCAUGCCACAACCGCAGCCUGUCAGACGGAUUGAGCCUCCUCCACGUUUCCCAAGUCGCAACGAUCGACCCCCUGAGCUCAUCCUCAGGAGUAAAGAAGAGCGCAGCCGGGACAGAGAACGCGAGCGUAGGCGGUCAAGAGAACGCUCGCCCACGCGCAAGCGCUCCAGGGAUCGCUCCCCAAGACGAGAUCGCUCGCCCCGGCGACCUCGCAGGGUGGUUCCUCGUUACACGGUCCAGUUUUCAAAGUUCAGUUUAGACACUUCAAGCUGUGACAUGAUGGAGCUGAGGAGGCGCUAUCAGAGUCUGUAUAUUCCCAGUGACUUCUUUGGCGCCGCCUUCACCUGGGUGGACGCCUUCCCUGUGACGCGACCCUUUCAGUUCAGCAACACGUGCAACUUCCACAUCUUGCACAAGGAGGUGGAUCAUCUUGUCAAAAAUGCUGCUGUGCUGGACCCGCCUGAUUCUAACCACACGUACAGUGCUAAGGUGAUGCUGCUGGCUAACCCGAGCUUAGAGGAGCUUUAUCACAAGUCGUGCGCACUAGCAGAAGAUCCCCAGGAAGUCAGGGACUCCUUCCAGCAUCCUGCAAGACUCAUCAAGUUUUUGGUGGGAAUGAGAGGCAAAGAUGAGGCCAUGGCAAUUGGUGGUCACUGGUCUCCCUCUCUGGACGGAGCUGACCCAGAGAAGGAUCCCUCAGUCCUUAUAAAGACAGCUAUUCGCUGUUGCAAGGCACUCACGGGCAUAGAUCUUAGUCUGUGCACUCAGUGGUAUCGUUUUGCAGAGAUUCGCUAUCUUCGGCCGGAGGAGACACACAAGGGGCGGACAGUCCCUGCUCAUGUGGAGACAGUGGUUUUGUUUCUUCCGGAUGUUUGGCAUUGUCUUCCUACCCGCUCAGAGUGGGAGGUGCUGUCACGGCGACUCCGGGAGCAGCUGGCUGAGAAGCUGUCGGCCGAGCGAAAGGAGGCGGAUGGAGAACAGGAGGAAGAGGAGAAAGAUGAUGGCGACUCGAAGGAUGUCAGCACCCCCACUCAUUGGGCCAAACUUGAUCCGAAAUCAAUGAAGGUGAACGACUUGCGCAAGGAGCUUGACUGUCGCUCUCUGAGCUCCAAGGGUUUAAAGUCACAGCUGAUUGCCCGACUCACCAAGCAGCUAAAGGCGGAGGAGCAAGUGGAAGAGUCCAAGGAGCCCGAGAAACCAGAAGUCAAACCACCUGAGGAAGAAGAGCCAAGUCGCACUGAGGAGGACAGAGAGGAAGAGGAAAAGAAGAGGCAAGAAGAGCUGGAGCGCCAACGCAGAGAGAGACGCUACAUCCUCCCCGACGAGCCCACCAUCCUCGUUCACCCCAACUGGUCUGCCAAGAAUGGCAAGUUUGACUGCAGUGUGAUGUCCCUCAGUGUGCUGCUGGACUACAGACUGGAGGACAACAAGGAGACCUCCUUUGAGGUUUCUCUCUUUGCUGAGCUGUUCAACGAGAUGCUCCAGAGAGAUUUUGGCUACCGCAUAUAUAAAGCCCUUGCUGCUAUUCCCGUCAAGGAUGAAAAGAAGGAGAAGAAAGCCAAAAAGGAGGCCGAGAAGAAAGAAGUGGAAAAGAAGGAAAUAAAAAAGGAGAAAGAGGAGGACAGUGAAGAGCCAGUGGCGAAGAAAUCCAGAGAGGAUGAGGAGGGUGAGAGGAAAAAGAGCGACGAAAAGGUUGAGAAAAAGGAGGAGUCACGUGAAGAGGAGGAGAACGAAGACGACGGCAGCACAGCCAAUGCUGAUGAAUACGACCCCAUGGAGGCUGAAGACGUUGAUGACGACGAUGACGAUGACAAGGAUGACGACGAUUCAAGUGACAAAAGGGACCGCAAAGAUGACCGCAAAUCGCCAAAAGACAGGAUUUCAAAAGAGAAGGAGAAGAAGCAGAUGGUAACGCACAACAGGGAACUGCUGAUGGCCUUUGUUUAUUUUGACCAAAGUCACUGGGGCUGCCUGCUAGAGAAAGACUUGGAGGAGAUCUUGUACACGCUGGGAUUGCACCUUUCACGUGCUCAGAUUAAGAAGCUGAUGAGCAAGCCGCAGGUGAGAGAGUCAUGUUAUUACCGCAAACUGACCGACAGAGGGAAGGACGAGGCUGCGCUUUUCUUCAGUGAAGCACCGAUAGAAAACCUCUUAGGAAACCGAGAGUUACUUCCUGCUCCAAAGACGGGCGCUCUAUCAGAACCCAGCGAGUCAGGUAAUCUGAUCGUGUACAACGGCGCCAUGGUGGACAUUGGCAGCAUGAUGCAGAAACUGGAGAAGAGUGAGAAAGCCAGGGAGGAGAUCGAACAGAAGCUCAUGGUGCAGGAUGCCAAGAUGGAUGAGGAUGCACAGGUGAAAGCACAACUAGAGCAAGACAACCAAUCCUUGUCCAAGGAGCUGGAGGAGGUGAAAAGCACCCUGAGGCAAACUGAGAAGACGCUGAAAGAUGCAGAGGAGCAGAAGCGCAUCUACAGGGAGCAGUUCAGCAAGGCGUGCAAGACCCUGACGGACACGGUCCAACGACUGACGGCGGUGAUGGGAAAGGAUGGCACUGGGAACGACUGUGAUGAAACAACCGGAGAGGAGACGCCUCACGUGAACGGUGCUGAUGAACCAACAACCUCUUAAAAAAAAAACCUGACUUUUAUCACACAUUGUCUUCACAUGUACAAUAUUCACAAUCUAUUUUCAUUCUUUCACUGUGUACAUAUUUCUUUCAUUUUUAUUUUUACAAUGCUGUUUUUAAUAUAUAUAUAUAUAUAUAUAUAUAUAUAUAUAUAUAUACACACACACACACACACACACA